AUGGCGGUGGUGGACAAGGCGGAGGUGGACCUCAACGAGCGCGUCACCGAGACGCAGGCUUGGUUCUGCGAGGCCCACAAGGAGCUGAAGGCCGCCCAGCAUGUGCUGGCCGAGCGCAAGCUGGAGCUUGUGAUGAAGCAGGCCGACAUCGAGAAGGCCCAGGAGCUAGCAAGGGAGCAGGCCCAGGUCCAGGCCGGUAAGGUGAAGGAGCUGGAGACGGAGCGGGACGGGCCGAAGGACCAGGCCCUGAAGCUGGCUAAGGAAAAGGACACACUCAACGGUGCUCUGAUCGAGGCGCAGGGCACGGUCCUCGGCAAGGCCGAGAUGCUCUCCAAGGCCAAUGACUCCAUCAAAGACCUGAAGUUGAAGCUGGAGGGUCUUGAGGAGAUGCUUUCGGGGGCCAGGGCCUGGGAGGAGACCCUGACCAAGGAUCUGGAGAAGGAGAGGCAGCUGCGGAGGAAUGUCGCUGCCAACCAUGAGGAUUACGUGAAGGGUGAGAACCUCUGGAUCAGCCGCCUCGAGGUCAUCGCCGGUAGGAUCACCACGAAGCCAGCGGCCAUGGGGAUGCCAAAUCUCCACCCUCCUCCGCCGCAGGACACAUCCGGAUCGGACCGGACGCCUCCGCCGCCGCGCCCGCACCAGCCAGAGCCUGCCAUGUGGCAGACCACCGCCGCCACCGCCGCCGGCCCGCGAGCCCGAGGCGGGCCCGCCGAGCCCAUCCGCCCCGCCGACCGCGCCUUCUCCUUGCCGCCCGCGCCUUCUCCUCGCCGCCCGACGCCGCCGUGGCUUCCCCGCGCUGCCGCAGCCGCCCUCGCCGGCCGCCGUCGAAACCCCGCCGCCUCCCCGUCGCCCGAGGACGCCGCCAGCCGCUGCCCUCCACUCCAGGACGCCGCCGCCCGUGCUUCCUCCUCUCCGGCGAGAUCCGGUGCCUGCCGGCCGGAUCCACGCCUCCCCGAGCUCCCCUCCGGCCACCCCUUCCACCAACUCCGGCAAAUCUCCGGCCCCGCCUCGGUUCGAGUGCUCACGAAGAACCCUAGAUCUGGAAAAGGUUGA